AUGAGAAGUGAGGAACAUUUAGCAGGUCUAGAAAGAGAGUUAAAAAACAUCAAAUGGAAUGUCUUGGGAAUUAGUGAGAUACGCUUGACCGGAGAGGCAAUCACGACACUUAAGUCGGGACACUUGCUCUUCCAGAGAAAUUCAGCUACGGCACAUUUGGGCGGCGUGGCGCUCUUAAUACACAGCAAAAUAAAACAUUUAGUCACCAAAACGAAGGCCGUGUUGGAUCGUAUUAUCUAUGCGCUGCUGAGACUGAACCAAAGAUACAGCCUGCAGAUCAUCCAAGCCUACGCUCCUGCGAGCGCACAGAACGAGGAUAUCGAGCAGUUCUACGAAAACCUUAUGGAAGCAAGAGUGUCAGAGAAAGCACACUUCGUGAUAAUAAUAGGAGAUUUCAAUGCUAAGAUUGGUCAACGAACACCGAUCGACACCGCGGGCGUAGGCAGGUUUGGCUUGGGCACACGAAACAGUAGAGGCCAAAUGCUGGUGGACUUUCUCAGUGGAGAAGGAAUGUAUUGCAUGAAUACAUUCUUCCAGAAAAAGCCAAAGAGAAAAUGGACCUGGAGGAGCCGAGGCGGUGCGGUAAGAAACGAGAUUGAUUACAUCCUCAGUUCAAGCAAAGAUAUCUGUGAAGACGUCUCCGUCCUGGGCCGCUUUGAUGCCGGCAGCGUCCACCGACUAGUGAGAGCGUGCUUCCGAAUUGAUACAAAGCUCGAAAGAAGGAAAUUAAUGCGGAAAUGUUCCCAACCAAGUAGAGUGGAACUGAAAAGAAAAGAGCGAGAGUAUCAGAGUUACUUGGAGAGAAAACUCAACCCAAUGGACGAGCUGAGCUAUCUGGAGCUAGAUGCACUAAAUCUGAAGAUCACCAGCAGUAUUCAAACCACAGUUAAGAGAGUAUGGGCGCUCAGAAAAGAAAGCAACUCUAAGAUCACCCCAGACACAGAGAGGCUCAUCGAGGAGAGGAGAAAUACCAACACAGACUUUGCAAGGUAUACGCAGCUCAAUAAGGAGAUAAGGAAGGCGAUUCGAAGGAAUGUAAGAGCCAACAAAGCGAGAGAAAUAGAGCGAGCAAUCGAGGAUAAUAUGAACCUCUUAGAUCGAAACUAG